UUUAGUGUGAUUGCUGUGUGUCCCAAAGGAAUGGGUCCAUCUGUGAGGAGACUUUACGCUCAGGGCAAAGAGAUUAAUGGCGCUGGAAUUAAUUCCAGUUUUGCUGUCCACCAGAAUGUUGAUGGUAGAGCAACUGAUGUUGCCCUGGGAUGGUCAGUUGCCCUAGGUUCUCCUUUCACAUUUGCCACCACUUUGGAGCGGGAGUAUAGGAGUGAUAUCUUUGGGGAGUGGGGCAUUCUACUUGGUUCUGUUCAUGGAAUUGUGGAGUCCUUGUUCCGAAGGUACACUGUCAAUGGAAUGAGUGAAGAUCAGGCUUACAAGAAUACUGUUGAGUGCAUUACAGGAAUUACAUCCAAGACCAUCUCUACUCAGGGUAUGUUGGCUGUUUACAACUCCCUAUCUGAAGAGGAGAAAAAGGAAUUUGAGACAGCUUAUAGUGCAUCAUUUUAUCCUUGCAUGGACAUCUUGUAUGAGUGCUAUGAAGAUGUAGCCGGUUGUAGUGAGAUCCGCAGUGUUGUCUUGGCUGGGCGUCGGUUUUAUGAAAAGGAUGGUUUACCAGCUUCCCCAAUGGGAAAAAUUGAUCAGACUCGCAUGUGGAAAGUUGGUGAGCGUGUCCGAGCAGCACGGCCAGCUGGUGACUUAGGCCCCUUGUACCCUUUUACUGCAGGUGUCUAUGUGGCUUUAAUGAUGGCCCAGAUUGAAGUCUUGAGGAAGAAGGGGCACUCAUACUCUGAGAUCAUCAACGAAAGUGUGAUUGAGUCUGUAGAUUCAUUGAACCCAUUUAUGCAUGUUCGAGGAGUUUCUUUUAUGGUGGAUAACUGCUCCACAACAGCUCGGCUUGGAUCAAGGAAAUGGGCCCCUCGUUUUGAUUACAACCUCACGCAACAAGCGCUGGUGGCAGUGGACAGCGGUGCCCCCAUCAAUCGAGAUCUCAUCAGCAACUUCCUUUCAGAUCCAGUGCAUGGAGCCAUUGAAGUCUGCGCUCAGUUGAGACCUACCGUUGACAUUUCAGUUCCACCAGAUUUCACUCCAACAAAGGUGGAACCUGAACCAUUUAAGAGAAAGGUGGUGAGGCUUCCAAUAUCAAGGCGUGGCCUUGGAUCUAAAGGGCAAAAUAUUGUUGUGCUUACAAAUCACUUCAAAGUUAAUGUCACCAAUUAUAGUGUUUCCCUCUCAUAUGACGAUGGUCAUCCUGUUGAUGGCAAGGGUAUUGGAAGACGAGUAAUUGACAGAGUGCAAGGCCGUGUUCUAUCCGCCCCAAGGUUAAAAGUAGGAAAUGGUGAGGAUUUCUUUCUUCAAAAUGGGCGGUGGAAUUCCAAUAAUAAGAAAUUAGUGGAGCCGACAAAGAUAAAACGAUGGGCUGUUGUGAACUUUUCUGCGCGCUGUGAUAUUCGUAGCCUUGUUCGUGAUCUGAUAAAAUGUGGCGAUAUGAAAGGCUUGAAGGAAGACUUGCUAGAGGAGCAGCCUGAAGGUGUAUCAGAAUACAAGUAUUCCUCCCAUAGUGAUCUUGAAUUGCUUAAUAAGUGGAAAGGGUUGCCGGAUCGCAAAUGGACUUGGGAAUCAUGCGACAACCUUCAAUAUCCCUUUCUCCAAUCACACCUUGAGGACAAGGUGUCUCUCGAUGGACGGGGAAAUGUUAGAACUCAUAUAUAUAUUUUCUGCAGGAAAAGAGAAUAUAAAAAAAGCUGUGACCCAAAGGCAAAAUCGGAAGGCUGUCACCUUAUUGCAAAUCCAACCACUCAGAAUAUGAAACGUGGCAGAGCAGGAGAGAAUGAAAUGGCGGUGGAAAGAGUUGAAAAAGGGAGCAGGUGGGGGGAAAAAGGGGCAGGUGAAAAUACUAAGGAAAAGUGGGGAGAGAGUAGUUCUCUCGAGUGUUGAGCAUGUACUGUGGGGCUCUGAACUAGAGUGUUGUAACCUUCUGGAAAAAUUAGUAUCUGGAAGUGUAACUAAAUAGAUAGUGCAGUAGAUGAAAAUAGUGAUUGUAUUGGAAAACUACUUUGUAUUCAUUAUUGGAGAAUGUGGUUGAGAUUGGAGUGCAGGGAAGAUUGUGAGAGCAGAAGAAGCAUCCAGGGGAAGCUCUGCUGCUGGCGGAUUCUCCAGGUAUCCAUCAUAUUAUU